AUCGAAAGAACCUGCGAUACUAGGCUCCACUCCGUAGACUGGUCGUUCAGUCCCGGGAUUUCCCCAAGGCCGAGGCCAAAAGGGGAUGAUGGGGCCCUUUGAUGACCCUAGGCCUAGUUAGGCUAGUCUUGCGCAGGAGCGGAUCCGAUAAGCAAUCAGAUGCUUGCAGCCCUGCUGGGUACGGGGUAAUAGACCACCUCCAUGACAGUCAUCUCCCCAUGUAAACCGCAUUCGCAAGGACAUGCAUUGCCAAGUCUGCGCAUAAUUUCACCAAGAGGAUACUCGGACCCGGAGACCGACCAGUAUCUCCGAAGACGAUGAUGUCCGACCGCGCUCUGAGGGGGUAUAUAAACCUGUCUCAUCCCAGGGAUAGUUAAAAGCACACCAAAUCAGCACUCUUCCCAAUUCAUCCGAGCGCAUCUCCCCUUUGUUCAGCGAGAAUUAUUCUUUGUCCAAAUUUCCCCUACCUCAGAGCCAGCAACCAUGUCUACUUCCACCGGCAACGCCGCAGCCUGGCUCACGGCCGCCAAAGCCCACCCUUUUGAGGUCAAGGAGGCACCCCUCUGGAAGCCCGGAGAGAACGAAGUCCUGGUGUGGAACCAUGCUGUCGCUAUCAACCCCAUCGACCAUGCCCAUCAGACCGUCGCUUGGUGGCCCAUGAAUUACCCCACGAUGCUGGGUCAGGAUGUGGCCGGAGAAGUGGUCGCCGUGGGUCCCAACGUGACUCGCUUCAAGCUUGGAGAUCGUGUCCUUGGCCACGCAGUUGGCAUGGCGACCAGGCGCAAUCAAGACAAUGCCUUCCAGGAACAUACCAUUGUGCAGGUCAAUAUGGCCAGCGAACUUCCGGACAACAUCCCAUACGAAAAUGCCGCAGUCAUUCCCCUGGCAUUCUCGACAGCAUGCUGUGGUCUCUUUCAGGAUGAGUUCCUGAAGAUGCAGCUGCCAACUGAGCCCCGCGCCCGAUCCACUGGGAAGACGCUGCUUGUCUGGGGAGGCGCAAGCUCCGUGGGCAGCAAUGCCAUUCAACUCGCCGUGGCAGCUGGAUACGAAGUUAUCACCACGGCAUCGCCCAAGAACUUCAAUUAUGUCAAGAGACUGGGAGCUAGCCAGGUGUUCGAUUACAGCAGUCCCUCCGUUGCCGAGGAUCUCAUCCAAGCCUUGCAGGGCAAGACACUUGCCGGUGUUAUGGACUGUAUCGGUUAUUCUGCUACCCCAAUUUGUGCGGAUGUUGUGAGCAGGACCGAAGGAACCAAAUUUGUAGCAACAGUUCAGGGCCGUUUUCCUACACCACCAGAGGGAGUCAGCGUGAAACAGGUCUUCGGGACGACCAUCAAGGACAACUUCGUUGGAAAGGCGGUAUAUGAGGACUUCCUGCCUCACGCACUAAGGGCUGGCACUUUCGUGCCUGCUCCUGCGCCCCUGAUUGUGGGGAAAGGUCUGGCAAGCCUUCAGACCGCCGUGGACCGAUAUGGCGAAGGUGGCAUAUCCGCUCAGAAGCUCGUCACUUUGCUUUAAAUCAAAGACAGUUCCAACUGCCUGACAGGCGAUCCCAAAGCUGUUAUGGAAUUGAUUGCUUGAAUACGAAUAUGCGUCUUGCUCUUGUUUUAGUUGCAUUCUGCUUGAAAUCAACCUAGGCUGUGUUUAUGGCAAUGUCAUCUCCGUAGGGGUCUUUUUAAUGAUAGGCUAAUUAGUUCGGGACUUCCCAUGUGGAGAUCCAUUAGUGCUUACCCGCGCACAGCCC